GAAACAGUUUUAAUUUGUUUUCGGUAACAAUACUUUUUGCGGCACAGAGCACAAAUAAUAAAAAAUGAAGUUGCUUUCGUUUUUAUUCGUUGGCGUUCUUAUCGGUUUCAGUAUGGCAAAUAACCCGCUGGAGGCUGUUGACAAAGAGGUGGAUGCUAUCUAUGGUAUAGCAAAUUCAUGUACUCGUUUCACUGACUGGUUUGGAUAUAGCAUGAAAUCGAUUAGGACAUUUGCUGGUGAAAAACAUCCGGCCACUUUGACAACUCUUUUAAAAUCAGUUAUCCAAAGCAUUGAUAAUCUUAUUAUACAAAAUGAGAAUACUGAAGGCGAUGUGUAUCUAACGUUUCGUGAUAUACGAAUGGAACGAGGAGAACCAUUUCCAAAUAUUAAUAAAGCCAUUAUUAAGAAGAAGUUCGGAUCUUCUUCACCAGACGCUAUAAAGAAAUUGCACAGCAUUCUUUUUCGUAUGCACGUUGAAACAAAGCAUUUUGAAGAGUCGAUGAGACAAAUUGAAAAUUAUUAUGCCAACAAAUUAUUCAAUAAUAAAUUCAAUGAAGUAAAACAUGCGAUCGACGAAUUGGCUAAAUUUGCCAAAAAGAAACUGGCCCCAAAUGAUGUCGAAAUUAAAAAGGAGUCAGCCAAAAUCCACACAUCGGUUAUUGAACCAAUAAAAAUGGCACUCAAUGAUGAAGAAAAAAAAGCGAAUCUCGUGAAAGAAAUCAUCGAUAAAAUUGAAAAAAGUUUCGAGGUUUUUUAUGAAAAACAACAGAAAAACAAGGAUGAAAUUUUGGCUUUGAAAUAAAUUGAAAAAAAGCAAUUCUAUCAUGAUUUCAUUUUGUUAAUGCUGCAUUGAUAUCUGUCAGACACAUAUUUUAUUGUCCAAUAGAGUGUACGUUUUUGGAAGCUUGAAAAAGCCA